AUGAACUCGACGGAAAGCAGAGACAAGAAAUCAAACACGACCAUUGUUGAUACUUCUGAUGAUCUCGUCACGUCUCCGGAUCCAACUCAUCCAGCGAAUCUGAUCCCAGAACUCUGUCGCCAUUUUUGGACGAUUGGAUGGGCUACAGGGACUGGUGGUGGGAUUUCAAUCCGGGACGAUGACAAAGUAUACAUCGCACCCUCUGGAGUACAAAAAGAACGCAUCAAACCAGAACACAUCUUUGUUCUCCCUUACCCACAGUCUGAACCUCCUCUCGCCUCUACUGCAGACACGCGCACCUUUCUCCGCAAACCAUCCAUCCCACUCAAGGAAUCCGCAUGCACUCCACUCUUUUGGGCUGCAUUCGACUUGCGAGACGCCAAGGCGUGCAUCCACACCCAUUCGCAGCACGCCGUCAUGGCCACACUUCUCUGGCCAGGAAACGAAUUUCGGAUCGAAAAGUUGGAGAUGAUCAAGGGUGUAAGAUGGGGUGGUGUCGAGGGUACGAUGACCUAUGAAGACGAGCUCGUGGUGCCCAUCAUCGAGAAUACGCCACUUGAAGAGGAUCUGAGGCAUACGCUCGUCGAGGCGAUGAAAGCAUAUCCAAAGGCUGCUGCAGUCCUCGUUCGUAGACAUGGAGUCUACGUUUGGGGCCCGAGUUGGGAGUCGGCAAAGACACAGGCAGAGUGCCUUGAUUAUCUCUUUGAACUAGGUGUCAAGAUGAAACUCGCAAAUGUGCUUUGA